ACCGGCUGCGUAUGCUCCGGUUUUACCAUCAGCCAGAUUGGACUAACCGUCAUCUUUUGUCAGCGCCGCGUUCAUCCGCAUUUCUGUCCGUUAAAGCGGAUAACUGCGUCCGCUGAGUCAGUUACCGUAAGAGAGGUACAAACUAGCUACGGUGACUAACCUCCCCGUAACGUCGGUUAGCUUCUUCUAUUAACGGAUGGAUCCCGGAGCCGGUAACACCGACGCACAGACUGAGCAUCGUUUCUAAACAUCCGCGGUCGUCCCUGAUAUUCAUCCGGAGCUUCGUCGUGGCAGCAGAGGGAGGAGUGGGAACCGCUCAGUGGCAUCUUAAAGGACUACAGCGUCUCGGAGCUGAUAGGGGCCUCGUGGCACUCGGUGUAGGCGCUGACUGGAGUCUCCACGGCGAUGGAUGCAGCCAGCUUCUACCAUGGAUUACCAGCCCAGACUGUUUCUGUGUGAUCUGACGGGGAAGACGAGGCUCCCAGACGGUCCUUAAGCCUCCCGCUUUCCUUUUCCCGCUCAAGCCUUCGUCUUGGUCUCGCCUCCAUUCUGCCGUCAUGGAUCUCCUGUGGGCGCUGUCCGUCUCCAUGCUGACGGCGUGCGUCGCCAUCCCCAUGGACGCGGCGGCCGGCAGCCACAGCCUGUUCACCUGCGAGCCCAUCACCCUGCGCAUGUGUCAGGGGCUGCCCUACAACUCCACCUUCAUGCCCAACAUGCUGAACCACUACGACCAGCAGACAGCCGCCCUCGCCAUGGAGCCGUUCCAUCCCAUGGUGAACCUGCAGUGCUCUCCGGAGCUCAGGAUGUUCCUCUGUGCCCUCUAUGCCCCGGUGUGCACCGAGUAUGGCCGCAUGACUCUGCCCUGUCGCCGCCUCUGUCUGCAGGCCAAGAGCGACUGCUACAAGCUAAUGGACAUGUUUGGUGUCAGCUGGCCGGAGGAGAUGGACUGCAACAGGUUGGCACAACGGCAAUAAUUCUGUUCUGCUGGAUUUAUCUCAGUCGCAACAAACCCUGUGAGGGAGCAGCAAUAAAGCAGCAGCAGGCCAGCAAGUGUUGGAAAUGAUUUAUUCUGACAGCCAUAAAGUAGAAGAAGAAGAGGUUAGAAAAAAAGAUUGAAUAUUAGUUGAGUUGAAGAAAUUAGUGUUAUGGCCCCUAAAUAUAAAUAAAAAGCUUUAAUGAUAACAUUGGAAUCUAGUAGGGCUGGUCCGAAUAACAAUUUCUGGGAUAUUCCGGAUGUCUGGGCCCAAUUAAUGAUGAAUAUCUGAAUAUUCAGCUCAUAUGAAUGGCAGAAUAUUAUUCAUUUAUUUAUAUUAUUCGUUUCUUUAUUUAUUAAAACAGUAAAGGGCAUUUAAACAAACUAAUGUAGAAAUUCUAAACUAGAAAAGCACUCAGAGAGCGCAGUACUCCUCCAAGGCUGCUCAGCUGAUGUAUCAUUUCCAACGGAUGAAAUCUUUAAUAAAAAAUGACCUGGUGCUGAGCACAGGCAUGUGUUAUGCAUGUGCAUGUUAUGUAUUUAUACUGAAUCACGUGUAAUUUACCCUUAUAAAGGUCUGUUGAUCAUUUCAUCACUUUUGGCAAGCCUUUGUUUUGCUAGUGUUAAAAUAACCCUUCCCUCCAUGCUUUUAUUUUGAAGGCAUAGUUUACGGGCUUUUAUUUUGUAACCAUUCCAGCGGCACAAGAAAUGUCUAAGAAGCGGUUUCUUGACAUGACAAAGACGCUGCCGAAAAGUCCGAAAAUUCACAUGAAGAUGAAAGAAAACGGUUCCAUGCUGUUGCUGUCUAACAAAGGAUGUGUCUAAACUGAGAAGCUCCUAGCUGGGAUGGAGAGAAGAAAGGAGUGAAGGACAGAAAGGGGAAUUUGUGUUCAAAACAAGGCUGACAGCUGAAAAAGGCUUUGUGAAACAUCAGGAGCUUCACCAUUGUCUGGCUGGGGUUUGCUACAUACAUGACCUAAAUAUGUAGCAGGACUCAGAAACAGCCCACAGUUUAAUCAUGAGUUCCUUGGAUGAUUUCAAACUGAUAAAUCAGUCAGUUUGUAGUAGGAUCGCAAUCAUGUGAUCGUCAGCAGGUAACUGACACAGUGUUCAGUUGUUGUCAUGGUUACAGCGGCACUGUGCCGGCAGCUAUAUCUGGCAAUGGGAAAUCCUUUACAAAGCUGUGGAUCCAGAUUAUAAGCUGCAUCACUGCCUAAAUCUAAUCACUUGGUCCUGGUGUCAUUUCUGACUUUUCCUGAAAGUUUCAUCCAAAUCUGUGAGUCCGUUUUUGAGUAAUGUUUCACACAGACAGACAGACAGAUUCACAGACAGUCGUAAGCCGAUCGUCACAGAACUCAGCUGUUCCUUGGCGGAGUAGCUAUGACGUUUUUUUUCCAUGUUUUGGAUGACAGAAUUAACUAUGACAUUUUCGUGAUGUUUUGUACGACAUACGAAACUAUGACCUUUUUUUUCCACAUUUAGGACGACAUACUAAAUUAUGACGUUUUAGUGAUGUUUUUGACAACAUGCUGAACGAUGAUUUUUUUUCAUUAUUUUGGACGACAUACUAAACUAUGACAUUUUUGUCAUAUUUUGGACGACGGACUAAACUAUUAUGUUUUGUCAUAUUUUGGACGACAUACUAAACUGACAUUUUCUCCACAUUUUGAACGACAUACUAAACUAUGACAUUUUUGUCACAUUUUGGACGACAUACUAAACUAUGACAUGAUGAUAUCAUGAUGUUUUUUUUCAAAGAAAACCUUUCUGGAGUGUUUUUCACAGCCUCGUUUACAUUAAUUUAUCAUAUGGCACGUUUUUACAACAUGUUUGAAAAAUCACAUUUUAUUUCGACAUAGUAUAGUAAGGCGUUUUUUUGCGCCAAAAUUCAUGAUGAUUUUUUUUUCAAAGAAAACCUUUCUGGAGUGUUUUUCACGGCCUCCUUUACAUUAUUUCAUCAUAUGGCACGUUUUUACAA